AUGGAUGAUGAAAUAUUCAUUAAAUAGCCAAUGAAUGAUGAGUAGAACGAUCAAUCAGAAAAAUAGUCCUAAUUUGUAUAAAAUGACGAAUCCCUAGAACAUCUGGUAAACUCUUUAAUCUAAAAUCAACAACCAGGCGAAGAUGAUUAAUUUAAAUAAUAAAUUGCUAAAAGGAGGAUUAAUGAUUAAAGAUUCACAUUCCAAGAGGAUAAGCGAAUCCUAGAAUUAGUGCAAUAGGUCGGUCCUAACUUUAAUAAGAUAGUAAAAUCAUUUCCUGGCAAAACUAUGAAUAUGAUAAAAAAUAGAUAUUAUAAAAAACUGCGCUACAUAAAGGACAACAUUCAAAAUGAUCAAGAAUAUGUAAAGAAAUAAACUAAACACAAAAGAUUAAAUUGA